GCCAGCCCUCGCCUGCGGAGCUCCGGGCCAAUGAACAUCAACCACUACGCCACCAAGAAGAGCGUGGCGGAGAGCAUGCUGGACGUGGCGCUCUUCAUGGCCAACGUCACCCAGCUGAAGGCAGUGCUGGAGCAGGGCACCUCCUUCCAGUACUACACCACCCUCAUCGUGCUCAUCAGCAUCUCCCUCUUCUUCCAGGUGAUGAUCGGCAUCAUCCUCAUCAUCACUGCCCGUUUGAACCUGAACGAUGUUGCAAAGCAGCCCCGCCUGAAUAUACUCAACAACGCUGCCACAGCUCUCAUCUUCAUCACAGUCAUCCUCAACAUCUUCAUCACAGCUUUUGGGGUGCAGAAGACUGGCCUUUACCCUAGGAAUUUCCGGCCUUAUUAAGUCAUGGUGCAACGGA